AUGUCCAACUGGAACAGAGAUAACGGUGCUUAUAAUCUUGAUUUGAGUAGUAUGAAUCCUCGUCAUGGUGAUGGUGGAAUCAGUCAAGAGGAAGAUCAACUUGAAUUACUGGAUCACCCAAGGCCGUCGUUCAUGCCUCAUGAUUCGUUUGCAUCACUGGGUCAACCGCUACACGUUUCAAACAGCGAUAACGAAUCGGCAGAUGGUCGAAUAUGUUAUUCAGACAAGGAACAACAACCACUACAACAACGAUCGCAUGAUCAACAACAACGACAAAGACGACGAAACAAAAAAUCAGGAGGAGGAGGAGGAGGAGGAGGAGGAGGCAACCUGGUUUCCAGGAUACGCAAUACGUUAAUGGGACGAAAGACGACGACAGAUCAAUCACCACGCCUGAUUUAUAUGAACAAUCCAGAACGCAACAGCCAAGAAAAGUUCAUCGGCAAUCGUGUAUCCACAGCAAAAUACAACAUCAUCACAUUCCUACCCAUUUUCUUAUACGUUGAAUUCAGCAAAGCUGCCAACUUGUUUUUCUUAUUUAUUUCAUGCAUACAGCAAAUCCCUGAUGUUUCACCUACUUCACGAUAUACCACUCUUGUUCCUCUUAUCAUUGUCCUUGUAAUCACAGCUAUAAAAGAGGUGAUUGAAGAUUAUGGUGUGCAUCGGUCAGAUCGUGAACUUAAUGCGAGGAAAUGCAAAGUGCUGGAAGGAAAUGAAUUUGUGGUGAAAAGCUGGCGUGAUAUCAAGGUUGGCGACGUGUGUCGUAUCGAGGCAUCAGAGUUUUUCCCUGCCGAUCUCAUCCUACUCAGCAGCUCUGAACCUGAAGGCCUAUGCUAUAUUGAAACUAGUAAUUUGGAUGGCGAGGUCAAUCUCAAGAUCAAGCAAGCGCUGCCUGAAACGGCACACUUUGUAUCACCCCACCAAGUCGCAUCCAUGCAAGGCGUGAUCAAAUCUGAGCAACCCAAUAAUCGACUCUACACGUACGAUGGAACAUUGUCACUCGAGCUCAACAACGGGACAACAAAAAACUUGCCUCUUGACCCGGGACAAAUGCUUUUACGAGGUGCACAAUUAAGGAACACAAGUUGGGUUUAUGCUGUUGUCGUAUUCACGGGUCAUGAAACCAAGUUGAUGCUCAAUUCAAGCAAAAAGCCCACCAAGGCAUCCAAUGUCACACGUAUUACCAAUCGCAACAUUUGGUACCUGUUCACCAUGCUCGUCAUCAUGAGCAUCAUGUGUUCAGUGGGUUACUUGGCUCUAUCGAUGCGUGAUUUCGACCAAUUGGGUUACCUAGCACUCGCAGCGGGUGAGCGAGCCCGAGAAUUUGGAUUCAACAUUCUUACAUUCAUGAUCUUGUUCAAUAGCUUUAUACCCAUCAGUUUAAUGGUAACCAUGGAGAUCGUAAAGGUCGUACAAGCUACAUUGAUCGGCAGCGACUUGGAUAUGUAUUACAAUGCCACGGACAUGCCAGCAGUAGCAAGAAGCAGUGGAUUGAUUGAGGAGCUUGGACAAGUCGAGUACAUCUUUUCUGAUAAGACCGGCACGUUGACAUGCAACCAAAUGGAAUUUCGAGAAUGUUCAAUUGCUGGUCUAUCUUAUUCCACUCAUCCUGAUGCUGAUCGAAAGCCACAAUCCAAUGAUGAUUCUCAAGCCCAGUAUUCUUUUCAAAAUUUGGAAGAGCAUUUGCAUACGUCUAUCCAUGCCAACGUGAUCCAUGAAUUCUUAUCCGCACUCAUGACCUGCCAUACGGUUAUUCCUGAAGUCAACCAAGAGACGGGCCAAGUCGUCUAUCAAGCAUCAUCCCCUGAUGAAGGUGCACUUGUUCAAGGUGCCAAGGAUGUCUUUGGUUACAACUUUUAUGCAAGGCGACCCCAUUCCAUCAACUGCAAAGUUAAAACUCAGGAUGUCGAGUACCAAAUCUUGAAUGUAUGCGAAUUCAACUCGACGAGGAAACGCAUGUCAGUGAUUGUUCGUGAUCCCAAUGGCAAAGUGAAGCUGUAUUGCAAAGGGGCUGAUACGGUGAUUCUCGAGCGCUUGGACAAGAACAAUAUUUUCGUUGAUAGUACUUUGUCUCAUUUGGAGAACUUUGCAUCUGAAGGCUUGAGAACGCUAUGCUACGCAAUGCGUGAUAUCUCUGAAGAAGAAUACGCAAAAUGGUCGCAGAUUUACGACAAGGCAGCAACAACAUUGGUCAAUCGUGCAGAGGAACUCGAUAAGGCGGCCGAGAUUAUUGAAAAGGAAAUGUUUUUGCUUGGUGCAACAGCCAUUGAAGAUAAGCUUCAAGAUGGCGUGCCUGAUACAAUUCAUACGUUGCAUGAAGCCAAUAUCAAGAUUUGGGUACUCACAGGGGAUCGUCAAGAGACAGCCAUCAACAUUGGCUACAGCUGCAAAUUGUUGACGGAUGAAAUGGAUCUCAUUGUCUGCAAUGUGGAUAGUCAAGAAGCGACUCGAGACUUUUUAACGUCCAAGCUUGCCGAUGCUCAACACCAGGAAGAAAAUGGAGCUGAGCCGCUUGCUUUGGUUAUUGAGGGCAAGUCUUUGACAUUUGCUCUUGAGAAGGAUUUGGAGCGUACGUUUUAUGAGCUUGCUAUCAAAUGCAAAGCUGUUAUUUGCUGUCGUGUAUCCCCACUACAAAAAGCACUCGUUGUCAAGCUGGUGAAAAAAUUUUCAAAAUCAAUAUUACUCGCUAUUGGGGAUGGUGCCAACGACGUAUCCAUGAUCCAAGCUGCUCAUGUCGGUGUGGGUAUUAGUGGUGUGGAAGGUCUUCAAGCAGCACGAAGCGCUGAUUUCAGUAUUGCGCAAUUCCGAUUCUUACGCAAAUUGCUGUUGGUUCACGGUGCAUGGGCUUAUCAACGUCUAAGCAAAAUGAUUUUCUACUACUUUUAUAAAAACGUCGCAUUGUACCUCACGCAAUUCUGGUAUGCCAUCUUUAACGGCUUUUCAGGGCAGACAUUAUACGAAUCAUGGACAAUGUCUUGUUUCAACGUGAUUUUUACGAUCUUGCCUCCGAUGGUGAUUGGUAUCUUUGAUCAAUUUGCAGCAGCACGCCUUCUUGACAAGUAUCCUCAAAUGUACAUGUUGGGCCAGCGUAAUGAAUUCUUCAAUCAAAAACGAUUUUGGGGAUGGAUCAUCAAUGCCAUCUAUCACUCCGCUCUACUUUAUUUAUUGGGUAUGGCAGCAUUUAUGGAUGACGCCAAGUUUGCAAACGGAUGGGUUGGUGGUCAAUGGUGGGUAGGCACAACCAUAUUCAGUGCCACGCUCGCCACCAUCUUGUAUAAGGGUGCUCUUAUCACAGACAUGUGGACCAAGUAUGCUGUGAUCGCAUUCCUAGGUUCGUUUUUGAUAUGGUUUGUGUACAUGCCAUUUGUCGCGUAUGUCGGACCACUGGUGCCUUGGGAUCUCUUUAAUGAAUACGUGGGCAUUGUUCCCGAGCUCUUUGGCAAUGUGAAUUACUGGUUGUUCUUGAUCAUUGUGCCUUUGAUAUGCAAUCUUCGUGAUUACCUGUGGAAAUACUACAAGCGAUUGUAUCGUACUCGCAGCUAUCAUUAUGUUCAAGAGAUACAAAAGCUCAAUCUUCCUGAUUAUCGCCCACGAAUGGAUCGUUUCCGACAAGCGGUGAACAAAGUGCGAAAGAUUCAGCGUCUUAAGCAGUCGCGAGGAUAUGCCUUCUCUCAAAGUGACACCGAUCAACGCAAGAUCAUUAGAAUGUAUGAUACGACACAACAAAAACCAAUUGGUUGA